AUCGCACUCUCGCUCCAGAAGUCGGUCGCCUCGUAGACCGCGGGUUACCUCAAAGCGAGUCGUCAUCGCCAAUAUCCCCUACGAUGUGACCUGGACCAAGCUGAAGCAGAUUUUUCGCGACCGAGUCGGCUUUACCGGUUUCCUGCGUCUCAUGAAGAGCAAUGGUCGACCAAAUGGCAUGGGGAUCAUGGAAUUCAAGACUAUUGAGGGUGCGGAGAAGGCCAUUGAGAUGAUGAACCGUUUUGAGAUUGGGGAUCGUAAAAUCAUCGUGCGCGAGGAGACCCUGCGCGAUCAGGAGAGGAUGGCACACAUGGAAUUUGAUGGUCCCGCCGGCCAU